AUGUCGUCGGAUAGAGAAUGGAUGUACGGGAUGAGAUUCAAUAAAGAUGGUACUUUAAAUAUGCAAUUUCAACAACGUGUUGAUUAUUUUCUGGAUUUUGCAUACGAACACGCAACGAACAUUGAAGAGGAAACUAUAGGCGGGGUCCAGAAGUUAUUAAUUAGAUGCCCAUGUAGUAAAUGCAAAAACCGUUACUACAAGACGAGAAACGUUGUUGAUUGUCAUCUAACUUCACUAGGAUUUAUGAAAGAUUAUCGGCUAUGGUACGCACAUGGUGAAUCUGAAGAGCCGAUGGGCGUGGACCAAUGUUCAAACCCCAUACCGUCUCAGCAUGUGGGUCAGGAUGUCGUUGAAGAUAUUGGUGAAUAUACCGAAUAUGAUCAAAUGGUUAUGGAAUGCAUGCACCAAGAUCCAAAUCAAGAAGCACAUGCAUUCUACCGUAUGUUAGAGCAAGCUAAUGAGCCUUUAUGGGAGGGGUGCAAAGAUGCUAGCACACUCUCUAUCACCACCAGGUUAUUGAAUUGGAAAUCAGACUGUAAUAUUUCGGACUCGGCAUUUGAUAAACUACUUCCGAUAAUCAAAGACAAUCUACCUGAUGAUAACAAGCUACCUAGAAACUUUUAUGAGACCAAGAAGAUGUUGAAGCCACUAGAGUUGCCAUCACAAGUGAUUCAUGUGUGCCAAAACCAUUGCAUGCUAUUCAAUGGGCCGCAUUCUGAUUUGGACCGUUGUAUAGUAUGUAAUGAAUAUAGAUACAAGGAAAGAGGGAAAAAAGUGCCUAAGUUGGUGAUGACUUACAUGCCUAUCGGACCAAGACUUCAAAGAUUGUUUUAUUCAAAAAAGACAGCCCAACAUAUGACUUGGCACGCAGAUCGUAGUCCAUCCGAAAAGAUGAGUCAUCCUAGUGAAGGUCGAGCCUGGCACCAUUUUAACUCGGUUUUUUCUGAUUUUGCAAAAGAGACACGCAAUAUUCGUCUUGGAUUGUGUACAGAUGGAUUUAGUCCAAAUAAUGCAAGCGGGGCAAAGUAUUCAUGUUGGCCAGUGUUUAUCACGGUGUACAACCUACCUCCUUGGUUGGCCUUGAAAGAGCAAUAUGUACAAAUUCCUUUAAUCAUUCCCGGUCCAAAUAAUCCCCGACAAAAUAUUGACGUUUUUCUACAACCUUUGGUAGACGAGCUAAAACAGUUGUUCACACAUGGCAUUGAUACUUAUGAUGCCCAUCGAUGUGAGAAUUUCAAAAUGAAGGCCGUACUUUUAUGGACCGUUAGUGACUUUCCGGCUUAUGCGAUGUUGUCCGGAUGGAGCACACAUGGUAAGUUAGCCUGCCCAUAUUGCUCGAAUGAAUCGGGAUCAUUCCAACUUCAGUUUGGAGGGAAACCAUGUUGGUUUGACUGCCAUAGACAACAUCUUCCCGCAAAACAUUGUUUCCGAAAAGAUAAGACUAACUUUCGAAAAAACAAAAUGGUUUCGCGUGUAAGAGAUAUUCCACAGCCAAUCGGAGAAGAAAUAUGGCAGGUUAUAAAAGAGUUUCCCAUUGUUUAUGAUGGCAAACCCUAUGGUACCGAAAGAUAUGAAAAACCGCCAGGUUUUGGGAUUACACAUAAUUGGGUAAAAAGAAGCAUCUUUUGGGAACUUCCGUAUUGGAGUAAGUUGUUAAUCCGACAUAAUCUCGACGUGAUGCAUAUCGAAAAGAAUGUGUUUGACAAUCUGUUUCACACAAUCAUGGGCACCAACACAUCCAAAGACAAAGACAAUAUGAAGGCAAGGCAAGACAUGGAGCGUAUUUGUGACCGAUUUCAUUUAAACCCCACAUGUGAUAACAACGGAAAGAUGACUAAAAAUAGGGGAAAUUACACUCUGCGAAAAGAUGACGUUAAAAAAGUUUGUGCUUGGUUGAAGAAGGUAAAAUUUCCAGACGGGUAUGCAUCAAAUAUAGGGAGUUGUGUAAACAUGAAAGACAACACUUUUCAUGGUUUUAAAAGCCAUGACUGUCAUGUGUUUAUGCAACGAUUGCUUCCACUCGCUAUUAGAGGUUUUGUCUCAAAAGAGACUAUGCAAGUUGGAGAAAAUUUUCCCUCCCAGUUUCUUUGA